AUGACGCCUGCACACUCGCCAGUGCAGCUGUCGGUCCAGACCAGCCAGGAUGGCAAAGCACUUCCAUUGCCGACUCCGACGCCGCCGAGUCUCACGCCUCCGGUGACUCCGACUGUCAAAGACCGCCGUGCAGCAGAACAGUCAAUUCCCAGUCCUGUUGAGGCUCCAGCUAAAGCCAAGGGAGAACCGCUAGCCAGAUCGAAAGUCUGGUCUCCGCUGCGGUUCCCGGACGACGUGGAAAUCAGCCGCGACGCCCAAGACCGCCCCAUCGAGUUCGGCCGCGGAGCUUGGAGCAUCGUGUACAAAGCGCGAUCAAAGCCCUGCAUCACCUCAAGUCUUGCAUCCUACACUCCGCCCAGCUCGCCCACCGCCGUGGGACGGGUACUGGCCGUGAAAGCACCGCUGCGGCGCGACGCACGCCCCGUGCUCCAAGCCGAAUCCCUAACUCUGACGCGCCUCAACCUCACAACGGGCUACGAGCGCCACGUCGUCCCCUUCCACGGCUAUCUCGCUGAGUCCGAGGCCCUUGUCAUGUCAGCCGUUCCGCUCGCGCUGUCGACCUAUAUCGAAGACACGGCCGAUCUGGCGCGGAAGAAGCAAACCACCGCGACGAUGUUCAAUCCCAUCCAAGGACUCGGCGCAUGGCAGGAUCUAGCCCGCAAAUUGAUUAGCGGAUUGGGAUGGCUCCAUGACACUGCGGGCAUUGUGCACGGCGAUAUCAAACCGCACAAUAUCCUUCUGCGCCCUAGCGCUUCGGACAGUGACUCCGAAGAUGAAAAUACCUUCCCCUAUGACCCGUUGUUCGCAGACUUUUCGUCCGCAUUGGAUCUCCCAACGGACGCUGCGCCUUCACCGAGCGAUACGACCUCUCGCACAGCAAUGUCUGCAUUUACGCCGCCAUUCACGGCCCCGGAACUGCUAUCUCUCGCGUCCCUGACUUCUGGAGACGUUGCCCCAACGCCGGCCUCGGAUGUUUUCUCUCUGGCUGCGACGCUACUGGCCGCUGCGACGGGCGAUCUGCUCCUAUAUCCCGGGUCGAGUAACCUACAGCGUCUCGCGAUGGCGCGCGAGGGUCAGCAGAUUAUCGAGUUUGCGCGCUCGGGCACGAACGGUUGCCGUGUCCCCCGGAAGGGAGCUGUCGAGCGUAUCAUCCAGCCUGCCGUGUGCAAAGAUACGACGCAGCGCAUUGCGCCGACGGAGUGGUUGAUUCUUGCUUCGACUUGA